AUGUCGGGACCACAGGAGGCAGCUUCGAACUCCCAAAGUCCGGCCUCGCAGCUCUCGCACGAGAUUCAGAUACGAUACCAAUUGGCAAAGUCAAGUUUCAAAACACUCUGUGAGAUCAAAAGCAACCCGGAUACUUUCGCCCUUCUCAAGAAAGCUUGCUCCGCGACCGAAUUCAAUACAUUUCCCAUUCAAAAGCAUGAGACCGUCUUCUUCCGAGCAAUCAACGAAAACACAGGGAUCCCUUUUCCGAUCUCUGAAUUCAUAUCCAAACCGUGGCACAAAGUUAUUCUUCUCGUGCAAAUCGAGCUCACAAAGUCUGGCUGGCCCAACAAGUUGAAAGGGGAGGCUCGGAAAGAGUUACACAAAGAACUCUCCCGGAUGUGCAAGCUUCUCGACCGCGUGUUGAGAUGUCUGGCUGACAUCCUCGGAGAGAGGGGUGAUGGGAGAGGACUCCAGACAACUCUCGACUUGCUGAGAAGUGUGAAAGCUAGAGUUUGGGAGAAGAGCAACAACCAUCUGCUGCAAGUGGAGGGUAUUGGUCCGGCGAAGAAAGACAGGCUCGUUAAAGCCAAUAUCAAGACCAUAAAGGACCUGUCAAAGAUGGAGUUCUAUCACAUCGAGCGAAUUCUUAGUCGAAACCCACCUUUUGGUCAAACGCUGCUGCACAAGGUCGCAGGAUUUCCCAUUCUCACCCUCCAAUUUGAAAUGAUUGGUCAAUACACUCCCGAAACGCCAACCUCUUUGCCAGUAUCUGGUACUCAAGCAGCCGGUGAGUCACUCUGGAUUGCUCGAGCUAUCCUCGGAUUCACCAACGAAAAGACACCUAGUUGGAAUGCUAGUGUACCCUGGGUCACAUUAGUUGUUGAAGGGGGUGACGGCCGACUUGUCUGGUUUUGGCGAGGAAGCGCAAAAAGAUUGGCCGGCAGCAAGGAGAUGAUCAUUGGUUUGAGCGCAAAGAGUGGUGAGCAACUCAAGGUCUCUUUCGCCUGUGAGGAAAUCGUCGGGACUACGGUGAAUAUGGAUGUUCGGGUGUGA